AUGGCAGAUCACAAUAGGCUUCCCGUCGUGCAGGAGAAGCCUAGAGUCUUUGUCAUAUCGGAUAUUUCAAACGAGCCCGACGAUGCAGAAUCGCUCGUCCGUUUCUUGCUCUAUGGCAACGAGUUUGACACCCAAGGCAUCGUAGCAUGCACGUCCUGCUGGAUGAGGGACAAGGUUCACCCCGAGGACAUGAUUAGGAUAGUCGAGGCCUAUGGCGCCGUGGUCGACAAUCUGAACAGCCACGUUCACCCGGAAAACCAGUAUCCCUCAGUCGAGAGGCUGCUUGGCCUGAUCAAAUCCGGACCGGCUUGUUAUGGCAAGGAGGCGCUUGCCGACGGCGUGGAGCUGAGCGAGGGUGCUUCACUUCUCAUCGAGAAGCUCGAAGCCUCGGAUCGGCCUCUGUGGGUUCUCUGCUGGGGAGGGAUCAAUACGUUGGCGCAAGCGCUGCAUCAUGUACGACGCACGAGGAGUGAGGAGGAUGCGGGGCAGCUGCGCUCAAAACUGCGCGUAUACACUAUCAGCGAUCAGGACGACACGGGUCUCUGGAUACGGGUUACAUUUCCCGACAUCUUCUACAUUUGCUCAAUGCACGGCUGGAAGGAGUAUGGCAUGGCUACGUGGGUAGGCAUUUCCGGCGACAUGCUCAUGACGCACAUGGACAAUGGGGGCCCGGACGUGACAAAGGUCUCUAAGGAAUGGUUAAAAGAUAACAUCCAGUCAGUUGGGCCUCUUGGAAAGGUGUACCCUACACCCUCCUUCAUCAUGGAGGGUGACACUCCAACCUUCUUAUAUCUCAUACAAAACGGACUGGGAUCUCCAGAGAAUCCUCAUUGGGGCAGCUGGGGAGGGAGAUAUAUCCUUGGUGACAUUGGCGGUGCAGCAAAACACUACAUGGACGCUCGCGAUACCGUCGUCGGCAAGAACGGGUCUACGUUUGUAACGAACCAGGCGACGGUCUGGCGCUGGAGAGAUGCCUACCAAAACGACUUUGCGGCGAGGAUGCAGUGGACUCUGAGCAAGGAUCGCAAGCAGGCAAACCACGCUCCUGUGAUUUCGGUUAAUGGCAGCGCUCCCGGACCGCAGCCUCUAUUCAUUGACGCCGAGGCAGGCGACGAGCUCGUUUUGGACGCUGCGGGAACAUACGACCCGGACGGAGAUGAGCUUUACUUCCGAUGGUUUCAGUACAAGGAGCCCACGACGGCGCAGUCGGAAAUACACUGGCCGGUGGUUCCAGAGGUCACUUUUGAGCCGAGCAACGAAAGUGCAUCGGUCAGGGUCACGAUUCCACCGCCUGAGAUCUGCGCCGUAAAUGUUCUCACGGGACAGGCCCUAGAGAAGGGCCAAGUGCUGCAUUUCGUAUUGGAAGUAAGGGAUUCCGGAACUCCUUGCAUUACGGCUUACAAGAGGGUUGUUGUGCAGGUGACAAACAACGGUCUCAAGGGCGGAAAGAACAAGGUCUAUGAUACUGUCACCGAGGCAAUGGGCCACUCUACCGGCCAGGCUACUGCAGAUGGUUGA